AUGGGUGAUGAUGGAAUCCUGCGAUAUCCCGCUGGCUUUUCCCGUGACAACAUCUUGGCACAUGGUAUCUCAGGCUUGAUACUUUUUGACAAGGCCUCGCAAACUGUUGUCAAGUCCCCGCUCAGUCAGGGCACAGCCGAUAUCGACGUGGAACGGCGCAUUUACGAGCGCUUCAAAGAACACGGCGGACAUGAAAACAUCGUACGAUACCUUGGGCCCUAUGAUACUGGUAUUCGCCUUGAGUAUGUGCACAACUACAAUUUCAGAGGUUACCUUCGCGCGAACAAAGUCGACUACGAACAGAAGAUUCGGUGGGCGCAACAAAUCAUCAGCGCGCUCUGCUUUGUGCAUGCAAGGGGGGUAGUCCAUGGCGACCUGAACAUAUUCAAUAUCCUGCUCGAUGAAAAUCUCAAUGCGAAACUUGCGGACUUUGCUGGCUCCUCUCUGGAUGGAUCUCCGCUGCUCGUAAUAGUUACAGAGAGUCACAGGAGACCCGGGGAUACCUGUUGUGUCGAGGCCGAUAUUUUUGCAUUCGGUUCUACGCUAUACACAAUCGUAACAGGUCAGAGCCCGUACCCUGAUCUUCAGGAUUACGAAAUCGAUAAAUGUAUCAAGAAUGGGAGUUUUCCACCGACCGAUGCCCUUGGACCGCUCGGAAAAAUCAUUUCCAAGUGCUGGCGCGACGAGUACCCGGACGCAAACAGUGUCUCUAAGGAAAUUGAAGGCAUUUGCUGA